AUGUUGCCGAGCCAGGCCGGGGCCGGGAACGGCGCCGCCGCCGCCGCGCUGGCCUGCGGCUCGGGGCUGGGCCGGUCGCCGGUGCCGCGUGGGGCGAACGGCGGCGGGGCGGCGGCGGGGGCGCCCGGGGGCCGCCUGAAGCGGGAGGCGCUGUACAGCGGCAGCGAGGGCGACUCGGAGUCGGCCGAGGAGGAGGAGCUGGGCGGCGAGCGGCGCGGCGUGAAGCGUGGCCUGGCCGAGGCGGCGGCGGCGGCGGCGGGGCCCGCGGCGGGAGCGGCGGCGGCGGCCGCCUACAGCGGCGGCGGGGGCGGCGGGGCCGUGAGCGGCGCCAAGCCCGGGAAGAAGACGCGGGGCCGGGUGAAGAUCAAGAUGGAGUUCAUCGACAACAAGCUGCGGCGCUACACCACCUUCAGCAAGAGGAAGACGGGCAUCAUGAAGAAGGCCUAUGAGCUCUCCACGCUGACUGGCACUCAAGUCCUGCUGUUGGUGGCCAGCGAGACGGGCCAUGUGUACACAUUUGCCACACGGAAGCUGCAGCCCAUGAUCACCAGCGAGACGGGGAAGGCCUUGAUCCAAACAUGCCUCAAUUCCCCGGACUCGCCCCCACGCUCGGACCCCACCACUGACCAGCGCAUGAGUGCCACUGGUUUUGAGGAGACUGACCUCACCUACCAGGUGUCCGAGUCGGACAGCAGCGGGGAGACCAAGGACGCCCUGAAACCCGCGUUCACUGUCACCAACCUGCCGGGAACAACGUCCAUCCAGACAGCCCCGACCACCUCGACCUCCAUGCAGGUCAGCAGCGGCCCGUCAUUCCCCAUCACUAAUUACCUGGCGCCAGUGUCUGCCAGCAUCAGCCCCAAUGCCGUCACCAGUGCCAACGGGACAGUGCUGAAGACUACUGGAGCCAGUGCAGUGACAUCUGGGGGCCUCAUGCCGAUACCCACUGGCUUCACCCUCAUGUCAGGUGGUACCAUGGCUCAGCAGGUUCCAGUCCAGGCAAUCCAGGUGCACCAGGCACCGCAGCAAACGUCUCCCUCUAGUGACAGCAGCACUGACCUUACCCAGACCUCUUCCAGCGGAACAGUGACCCUCCCGGCGACCAUCAUGACGUCGUCCGUGCCAACCACCGUGGGCGGCCACAUGAUGUACCCCAGCCCGCACGCGGUGAUGUACGCGCCCACCUCCGGCCUGGCCGACGGCGGGCUCGCGGUGCUCAACGCUUUCCCACAGGCGCCCUCAGCGAUGCAGGUGUCCCACAGCCAGGUCCAGGAUCAGGGUGGCGUCCCCCAAGUGUUCCUGACAGCCCCAUCAGGCACGGUUCAGAUCCCAGUCUCAGCUGUCCAACUUCACCAGAUGGCUGUCAUCGGGCAGCAGAGCAGCAGUGGCAGCAGCCUGACGGAGCUGCAGGUGGUCAACUUGGACACCUCACACAGCGUCAAGAGUGACUGAGAGGCCUCUGCUGCCGGCCUUCUGUUUCUGGCUUGUCGUGCCAGUGUCGGGGCUGGCAGCAACUCCUUCUCGUACAGACUGCACCAGUUAUUUAUUGUUGCCUUUUCACGUUUCCUUCAUCCACACAUGCACACACACACACGCACUCACCCACCCCCACACACACAGGCAUGCGCGUGGGGCUGCAGGACCCACCCGGGGUGGAGCCGUGCUGGGGUCGUGCAGGGCUCGGGGCAUUUGGAUGCUGCAAUAGCUGUGCUUGUCUCACGCCAGCCAAAGAAAUUUGUCUCUUGAGGGGAGGAUUGCUCUGCACUGUAAAUAAAUACUGCAGGACAUUCCCAGCUGGAGGCUCUGGCUCCCUCUGGGUGCUCUGAGUCACCUUGCCCAUGAGUAUUUACUCUGUGUGAGGCUCAGCGUAGACCCAGAGCCGUCGUGCAGGUGCAGCUUGGAGCAGAGUGGGUUGUGGCUGUGCUGCUGGCCUCAGCAAUGUGCCUUUGUGGGGGUGACAGGUCCUGGCCGCAGCAACUCACCCUGUGCUCCAGACAGGAGAGAGGGGCCAGCUUGCAUGUGCAUCUCUGGGCCUGCGUGCCCUCUCCCUGGAGGGCAGGGCACAGCUGGUGGCACGUGGCCCUGUCCUCCUCGUAUGCACUACAGUGAGCCCUCUGCCCUCAGUGCCUCCUCGCUGGGCUGCCUGGCAGAUUUUCAGCCUGACUGGCCCUGCCCCGGCAGCUGCCCUUGCACAGGUGAGGUGGUCGAUUGAUGCCCAGGAACACAAAGAUGCCCUGGAGAGCUCCUCAGGGGCCCUGUGCUCUGCCCAGCCCCACAUUCUCAGCCCUCACACUGCUUCUGGACUCCAUACACCCAGGGGAACGUGGCUGGAUCUUUUCUACAUCCCCCUGCAGCUCCAGCCAGCGCUUUCUAAAUUUCUGUGUCUGAUGCAAGGUGGAGAAACAACUCCAAUGUCAAAGGGAAGAGCCCAUGGGGCACAGAGCUGCUGGGCAGGUGGCAGGCUCUUCCUCUGAGCAGCAGGGUGACCGGCAGGCCAUCCUGGGCUGUGGGGGAGCAGCUGUGAUGCCUGUACAAGCUCAGCAAGGCUGGGGGAGAAGGGCUGGGGCAUGCUUGGUCCUGCAUGGGAGUUGCUGUGAAUGGCUCUGCUACCUAGCCCUGUCCCUGGAGGGAGAGUGAGCAAGUGAGAGAAGCUGCUGAAUCCUUAGGGGAAUAAGCAGUAACUUUUUUUUUUUUAAGUUAAAAAAAAAGAAGCCUUGGAGAAAAAAAAAAAAAAAAAGAAAAAAAAGAAAAUUACUUUAUUUUUCUAAGUGUUAAACUCAGUAUUUAUGUAAUUCUUUAAGGAAUAAAAGUUUGGCUCCUGUACAGUUUUAAUGGGGUUUGUA